AUGUCAUCUAAGAAAAGCUCCGUCACUCCUCGAGCUCACCGGCCCAUCAGUGCACCUCCAAGUUGUCUGGGGAGGAGGAUGGUAGAAAAGAAAGAUGCUCCUAAGAAAGCAUCGAACAGCAGUAACUCUUCGAGCUCGACCCCGUCGGUAGAAGACUGGCUCGAUUCAGAGCUCAGCAAGAUAGUCGGGCUCGAGAAGGUCAAGGAUCAAAUCAGAUCCUUUCUGAAAAACCUCCGGCUUGAAAACCGUCGCAAGGAGGUUGGGCUCGAGCCUCUUGGCAACAAUGACUUCGACAUGGUGUUCUACGGGAACCCAGGGACGGGAAAGAGAAUGGGGGUUUUAUCCUCCCAUGCUCCCUUCUUAGAAGUGGGAAGAGGAGAUCUUGUUGGUUCCUACAUCGGGGCAACAGAGCAAAACUGUCUCGCAAAGAUCAAGGAGGCCAAAGGUGGUUUCAUGUUCAUAGAUGAGGCAUAUACACUCACACCAGAAGAUGCCGGCAAAGACUUCGGCAUGAAAGCGCUGGAAAUCAUUAUGCAGUGCAUGACGAGCAACGAGACUGGAAGACCAUAUUUCAUCUUUGCGGGCUACAAGAAAGAAAUGGAAGGAUUUCUCAAGUCGAAUCCCGGAAUGGCAAGAAGGAUUGCUUACAAGUUUCACUUCGAAGAUUAUACUACAACAGAGCUUGUUGAGAUAACAAUGUUGAAGGCAAAUGACAAGAAAAUUGUCUUGACACAAGAGGCUAUUCAAAGUCUGCCUCAUUUGCUCGAUUCGUUGUUUCCUCCUUCAGUUCGGACCAUCUGGAAUGGCGGGAUCGCCAAUCGACUUAUCUCCGACUCCCUCGAGGCCCUCAACGACAGGUUGGACCCUCUGACCGCCACAAAGGAACAGUUAUGCACCCUCCAGAAAGUGGACCUGCAGCUGGGCGCCAAGAACGCCUCUUUUGCUGUCUGUGCAUUACAAACGGCUUUGUUGAAUCCUGGGGGUCUGCACAGCAGCGGAUAUCUGCCUUCUGCUGCUGCGCCCAUUCAUCCUCCUCCCCCUCUUCCUGCUGCUUCCGCUGCCGCCGCCUCGGCUGCUAUGCACUCGCAAGGGUGUGGCCAAAUUAUUCAGACCAUGGAAUUGAAACAGUACUUUCCCUCGGCUAUCAGACGAAUUGCGUUGUUGGAAGAAGAAAUCGCCAACAUAAGAAAUGCGUCUUUGAUCAAAGCUGCACAAGAAGAUGCGAACGCUGCCGGUCAAGUCGAUGCUCAAACUUCGCACGAGACAGUUGACGAGGAGGAUGAAGAUGUACAAGCACAUGACAAUCGAGAAGACAACAACGACAACAGACAAAAAGUAGACAAGAGAUACCAAGCACUUGUGUCAUAUUGCAAGGAUGCAGCCAAGAUGUCGUCAGAGAUGAAGUUGGAGUCAACCAAGCAAUUGUGA